CUCGGGGCUCGCGGAACCAUGGUGAAGUUGGGGAACAAUUUCGCGGAGAAGGGCAGCAAGCAGCCGCUGCUGGAGGAUGGCUUCGACACCAUCCCCCUGAUGACGCCCCUCGAUGUCAAUCAGCUGCAGUUCCCGCCCCCGGAUAAGGUGAGGGCAAAAACCAAGACGGAGUACGAGCCCGAGCGCAAGAAGGGGAAAGCGCGCCCGCCCAAGAUCGCCGAGUUCACCGUCAGCAUCACCGAGGGCGUCACCGAGAGGUUCAAGGUCUCGGUGCUGGUCCUCUUUGCCCUGGCCUUCCUCACCUGCGUCGUCUUCCUGGUGGUCUACAAGGUGUACAAGUACGACCGCGCCUGCCCCGAUGGGUUCGUCCUCAAGAACACGCAGUGCAUCCCGGAAGGCCUGGAGAGCUACUACGCGGAGCAGGACUCGAGCGCCCGGGAGAAGUUCUACACCGUCAUCAACCACUACAACCUGGCGAAGCAGAGCAUCACCCGCGCCGUGUCGCCCUGGAUGUCCGUCCUGUCCGAGGAGAAGCUGUCCGAGCAGGAGACCGAGGCCGCCGAGAAGUCGGCUUAGCCGGCCGGGGAGGUUCUUUCCCGGGUGUCGCUCGCAGGUAGCCGAGGGACUCGGAGGGACGUUCCAUUCGACGUAAUUACCAGUAAUUUAGAGGAUUACUCAUUUAAGGUGCAAUCGCUUCUGUUUGCUACUGCUGCUUUGCAAAAAGAAAAAAAAACCCAGCCCUUGCCGCCGCCCGCCCGCGGGUGUGAG